AUGACCUCCUGGGCUGUCCUGCUCCUCACCUUGGUGCUCCUGGGCACCCCAGGGCUGGCCUUUUCCGGUCUGACCCCUGAGCACUCUGCCCUGGCAAGGGCCCACCCAUGCGACGGAGAGCAGUUCUGCCAGAACCUGGCCCCGGAGGACCCCCAGGGUGACCAGCUGCUCCAAAGAGAGGAGCUGGGCCUCAUCUGUGAGUCUUGUCGGAAGAUAAUCCAGAAGCUGGAGGACAUGGUGGGACCACAGCCCAACGAGGACACUGUCACCCAGGCAGCCUCCCGGGUGUGUGACAAGAUGAAGAUACUGAGAGGUGUGUGCAAGAAGAUCAUGAGGACCUUUCUCCGUCGCAUCUCCAAGGACAUCCUGACUGGGAAGAAACCCCAGGCUAUCUGUGUGGACAUCAAGAUCUGUAAAGAGAAGACAGGUCUCAUCUGAGCCCCCGCGUCCCCUGACCCCACCAUGGAGAAGAAGCACAGAAACUCCAGCACCCU